CUCUGCUGGUCAGACAGUGCGCACUGUUGACCUGCGCACACAGUAUCUGUUCAUCAGGAUUUCUUAUCACAAUUUAGCUUCACAGGAUUUCUGCCUGUUUGUUGUUUUUUCCUUCCUUUUACGUUGGUUGACCCUUCUUACUGUAUUCGUUACUGUAGGACGCGAGUGGACACAGUAUGCUCUCGUCCCUGAAGACCCUGCUGCUGCUCUCGGUCCUGUGCACGCCGACCUCCAGUCUGUGCCUGCGCCUUUACCGCACCCGCGACGACCUCGUGUGCGACGACCAGAUGGCAGUCGGGGUCCGGAGCGACGUGGACGGCUGGGGGUCCCUCCUGCAGUCCGCGGAGUAUCUUUCCUCCGCUUUAACUUCUUCUUCUUCUGCCGAAUCCAGUCGGGAAAAAAGAACUUCAAGUCCAGCAAACUACCGCUUCGUGAGCCGGACGAAGCUGAGAGGGCAGAUGCUCCGCAACAGCAGCAAAGGGGACCGGAGGAGCAGGCUGACCCUGUCCCUGGACGUGCCGACCAACAUCAUGAACGUCCUCUUUGAUGUCGCUAAGGCCAAAAACCUGCGCGCCAAGGCGGCCGAGAACGCGCGCCUGCUGGCUCAUAUUGGACGGAGAAAGUGAACCUGUUGGACAACUUAGAUUGAACAGCCAUGACCAGUGUUGGCCUCCUCGUUACUCAAAUGUAAUGAAUCACUUUCUAUUCACUUUUACAUUAUGCUAUUGGUAUUGAUUUGUUUAUCCAGGGGGAGAUUCUUUUCUUUGCGCUCACACAUUUUACAGGUAAAAGAAGCAUUUCAAAUAUAUUUGAGUUGCUCUCAUGUGAAAGGUGCUUCGAAAGUCUUCUAUUAUUUAUUCCAUUCUGGACAAUAAAUAAUGUGAGCUAAUGAACCUCUGUGACUAAAAGUUGGAUGCUGAUAUCUGAAUUUUUCUUUAUAUUUGUGGACAAUUUAGCGUUAAACUCAUAAAUUAUACAGUAUUUGGCUGCAAACAUAUAGUAAAACUGUAACAUUUCCAAAGUUCUUUACUCUUUUUUUUUACUAUUUGAAGUUGUAUUUGUAGUCUACAGUUACCAUAUUUGUGGUGGGAAUAAUACAUGUAUUUCAUAUCACUAUCAGUAAUGUUGUAGCAACAAAUUAACUAUUUGUAAUCAAGAAAUAAGGUUAAGAGCAAUAUGGAGUUAUUUUACUUGUAUCAAGAUUAUGGACAUUUCCGGCAAGAAAACAUGAAACAUGAUUUCCAUUAAGGUGAAAUUGUCUUUCCCCUUGGCAGAUUCUUUUCAAAUCUGAAAAGAAGGUUUUAGGGCUCAUUUUCACUGUCAUUAUGAACAAAGGCUGCAGCAAAGCAGGACUGCUCUAAAGAACAGUCCUUAGAUUUAAAAAUGUUAAAUGUUGGACUAAGGAGCAAAGCUGCUUAAUUUGCUUAUGAGGUUUGAUGUUCAGACGCCUAUAAUGAUUCCAGAUUACAGUGUGAAACAUCGACAGUGGCGGAAACACCACAUUGAAUACUGACUCAAAUAUACUGUACAAACCAACUGCAAGGUCCUAAAAAACAGUAAAAAUGCAAGUGCAUGAGAAUAUAUGUGGUCAUCAGAUGUCUGUUAUUUUUGUACUCAAAAUACAGGAUUAUUUUUCCGCAAAUAAAGCAGAUGUAACUAAC